AUGAAAGACGUGUAUUUCCCGAGAUUGCACUGGAGAAACGCUUUUUCAAAGCGCAACUGCGCUUUAAAGUCGUCGCCAAUCAGUAAAGUACCCCUUAUGGAAAGCUCAGUUGAGACAAAGAAAAACACAUGCCUGUCGGACAGCGCCAACGACCCUAUAAAAAGGCCCACCCGAACCAUAUACAUAUCUCGAAACGAAGUUAAACACCCUGCGGGCCUAUCUGCAUUCAAGCUGUGCUUUUUGUGCAACGGGAAAAGCGGGGCGUGCAAAAUGUGCAGCUGCCUAAAAGUGUGCGAGCGCAGAGAAAAGCCCCAUCUGGAGGAGGGCUCCUUUGUGUCUGCAAAGCAGGAAAACAGCUCCGACGAGCUGCACAUGGAUGGAAGCGGCAUGUUUGGUGCAGCCUGCCGCCCGCAGCACGAGAAAAGCUCAUUCGUCUUUUGCACGCUGUGCUCGUGCCGCACUGACUGGCCAUUGGUUUCUCUGGAAAGCGAUGUGUAUGUUGUCAAGUUUGCCACGAUAAAAAGCGCCCUUCUUUUCCAUGCGUCGCACAAGUCCCUGCUGUUUAUGUCGUGGGGGCACGAGCCGCAUGAGCAGAGAAUCUUCUACGAAACAGAAAAAGAAAGCAUACAGCUAAGAAUCCUGGAGAAGGCGUUUUCUCUGGAGGAGUCCCACGUGCGGGGCGCUGGGUUUUUGUGCGAGAUUGGGCAGAGCCUGGCGGCGGAGCCAAAAAACAUUCCCUGUAUGGGCACUCAUCUCGAGGCCAGCAAAAUCCGAGACUUUGUGUGCAUGGCAAGCGGAAGAAGCUCAAACGUCACCCUGCAGAUGAAAAUCCGAGAGCUGUCGCAGAAUGACCUUUUGCAGACAAUGUCUUCGCUCUCGCCGCAGGUUUUUUUCUAUCUGGCCAAGCACAAGUAUGGAACCUAUGUUAUCCAACUAAUGAUCAGCAUGAUCAAGGAAGACACGCUUGUUCGGGAAGUCAAGCGGCUGAUGCUGCCGUACUCCACCGGGAUGCUUCUCCACGAAAUAGGAAACUAUGUGAUGCAGGGAAUGAUCAACUUUGACAAGGCCUUUGUUUUCGAGUGUUUUAUGAAGGACUUCAAGAAGAUUGCAAGCAGCAAAAUAGGGUCCCGGGCCUUUAAGAGCUGCAUCAAGCACUUUUACAUGUACCGGCAAACAAUCAUCCAGAUUCUCACGCCAAACUUCAUAGGGUCCAUCCCCACCGACGAGCAGAGAGUUCUUCGCGGGUCUCUGAAGGAUCUUCUGCUUGCGUCCGAAAAGAACGCAUAG